AAUGGCAGGUGUGCGGGUAUUCCGAAUUUCCCCGUUUUGAAGACGCUGGUAGACUGCUGAACGCGCUUGAGAAGUUUGGUGUUGUUUUUCUUUUUAUUCUCCAGGGGGGCUGCAAGUCAUGUCGGCUACAAUCCCUGGAGUUUGACUGAUAGAAAGGAGAAAACUCGGGCUGGGGUGGAGUUGGCUUGAGGGGAAGUGCAUGAUCCACAUAAAGUGAGUGGUAGUGUGUACUUUCAGUGAUUUGAAAUUGAGGAGAAUCGAGGUGGUGGUGGAGGGGGAGAAGGUUGGUCCUCCGCAGAUCGACGUCCACGUUGCGGCUUCGGGGGGAGGGGACACGGACAGCAUCAGCCUUGCACCCACGUGGAGUUUUCGUUUCAUGUGGGAAUCAAUCCCAGCUUCGUCGUCUUGGAUUCCUGACUCCCUUGCGACACCUUUGACGAGGUCGGAAGACGGUGUUCGGAGAGCAUUUCCUGCUUUUGCUGUUGGCCACUGAGGGUGUCCCGGUGUCGAGUUGUGAGUAGGGGCAAUGUCUAUAACGGAAGCAGAGGGAGUGAAGAUGCUUAGCGGGCAUGUGGUGCUGUUCCCCUUCCCCGCUGCAGGGCACAUCGCGCCUUUCAUUCCUUUCGCUAAGAGCUUAGCUCGCUAUGGUGUGGCCAUUACGUUCAUGUGUCCCAAAAACGAGAUCUCCAAGUUGAAGCGGUCCAUCACCGAGGACGAAAGCUUUGACGCCCGUGAGAACGUUAUCCUGGUGCCAUUUGAGAUUCCUACAGAAGACGGAUUGGACCUGGUGACUUUUGACGUGCUGAAGCAUUUCAUGUACAAAAAUGUCGAGAAAUUCGACGAGAUUAUUGCCCAUUACAUUGAGGAGUCGCGGUCCAUCAAGUAUCCCAGCCGCUCCUCUAGCGGACCUCCAGUUUGCAUCGUGUCCGACAUGUUCAUGGGAUUCACCCAGGGAACUGCGGAGAAAUUCAGCAUUGUGAGGUACUGCCUCUUCGCUUCUCCGGUGCAUUUUCUAUCGCUACUUUUCCACCUUCCCAAGUUCAAUGACGAGAAUUUAAUUCCCGUAAAGAAAGGAGACGAGCCCUUGAUGAUCCCGAACUUCCCCCCAAUCCCUGCUGGCGAUUUGCCGCCUUCUCAGCAGGCCGACAAUGGGAACCCUGGGUCUCAUUUCUUCCUUCUUAACGAAACGAAGCAGAUGUGGAAAGCAGCUGGAGUUCUCGUCAACAGCGUGGAAGAGAUAGAGCGCCCUGUCCUUGAAGGACUCCAACGCUACAUCGACGAGACCAUGUCCGGUGAUCAGGGGCCGAAAAUAAGCACGUUUGGCCCACUGGUGGAUGGUUGCGGAGAAGGAAAAUUGUCUCUACGAGACAAGCUCCGAGAAAUGAAGGAGGGAGGCGACUGGUACGACUGGUUAUCCCAGCAACCAGACUCUUCGGUGCUCUACAUGUGCUUCGGAACGGUAGCCAUGUUAAGUGACGAGCAAAUCCGGCAGAUGGCCAUCGCCCUGGAAAACAGCGGGCAGCGCUUCUUUUGGGCAUUGCGCCUACGGAGAAAUGAGACCGGCGCCCCACAAGACGUCUCUCGGGUGUUUCCUGAGGGGUUUCUGCAGAGGACUAAAUCGAAAGGUCUGGUGUACUUCGAUUGGGCCCCACAGCUGCACAUCCUGGCGCACCGUGCUAUCAAGGGAUUCGUCACCCACUGCGGGUGGAACUCCACCAUGGAGAGCAUCCUCAUGGGCGUGCCCACGAUCGGGUGGCCUAUGCAAGCGGAGCAGAUGCUGAACGCCAUCUUUCUGGACAAGGUGCUGGGCAUCUCAAUCCGCAUCAACAAAACCGCCGGGUGGAAAGACAUGAUCUCCAGCGACACCUUCGAGAGGGCCAUCCACACCUUGAUGGUGGAUCCCUCGGGCGAGACGAUGAAAGCCAAAGUGUUGCAAAUCAGCGACACGGUAGAGAAAGCUGCCAGGCCAGGUGGGUCUUCCAGAAUCAACCUGGAAAGCUUCGUGCAGGAUGUGCGUAGAAUGGCAUCAGGCGGGGUGAACUCGUAGUGCUGACGGAAACCGAUUAGGACAAAAACCCCGUGACGAAACUCAGAUUUUAAAAAAAAAGAAAAAAAGAAAAAAACCCCACGUUUUUCUGACCCCCCCCCCAUGGCCUCUCCCAUCAGAUCAACGUGGAUCUUCCCCCUUUUUUAUGCCUGAUUCUCAGUCUGUGGUUAUAAAUAGCGCUACGUCGAUGCCUUCCCUCCUACGACACACUCUCACUCGGUCAUCAAUUGUAGCAGCACAACGCCGCACCCUACCAUCACCAGACUGGCUCUGAGCCCAUCUGAGCCAAUUCAUCUCCGAAUCACAAGAUGUGCAGAGAAAGUGAAGCAUGCGUGGGUCGGAGAUUGUUCAUUUCAUUCAUCGUUCUUCUUCUAGAUUGGGAAUGAUCGAUCCUCCUUGCGAUCGAUCAAUCGAUCUCAAUUGAUCAGAAGCAAUUCCUCUAUUGAGAUUGUGUGUGUGCUACUCCUCCUCCUCAUGAGCAAUGCACGUCGCUUCCACGGAGCCGGCCAAUGCUGGAUGAAUGAAACCCGUGGAUGAAUUAGAUGUGGAUGUAAGGUGGGUAGAUGAUAGUUGUAGAUGGAUGAAACGUCGAUUAUAUAUGCGUAGAUGAACUUCAAACUACAGGAUUUUUUUGUAAAGAUAUUUUUAGAGGCAAUAAAUUAAGUGGGUGUUUUUAUUCAUUAAAUGAAAAACUCAUUUGUAGGGUUGGAGAGAAUAGCGUAUUUUCUCGACCAGAAUUAAAUGUAA